GAUGAUCAGAGACUGCGGACAUAGUACAGGAGAUGACCAGAGACUGCGGACAUAGUACAGGAGAUGAUCAGAGACUGCGGACAUAGUACAGGAGAUGACCAGAGACUGCGGACACAGUACAGGAGAUGGCCAGAGACUGCGGACAUAGUACAGGAGAUGAUCAGAGACUGUGGACAUAGUACAGGAGAUGACCUGAGACUGCAGACAGUACAGGAGAUGACCAUAGACUGCGGACAUAGUACAGGAGAUGACCAGAGACUGCGGACAGUACAGGGAUGACCAGAGACUGCAGACAGUACAGGAGAUGACCAGACACUGCGGACAG